CCUUCUUUUUAUUUUUAAGAAACAAAUUAUAAUAAUGAGAUCAGAUACUCCUUCCUCGCCAUCCUCUGUAGCCCCUCCUUCUGAUUUUCGCACAGCAAUAAUCCAAACACAUUGGAACGACCCUCCCAAAAAGAUUUUCCAUAAGUCGAAAGAUGAGGUAGAUGAUGCCCUGAAUGUUCAAGACAUUUCAAAUGUCUUUUCAAGCAAAUUAGAAUGUUGCAAAUCAACCUUUACUAGUGGUCCCCAAAAGAGGGUUGUUGAUGAUACCGCACGAAGAAUUGAUGGGUUAGUGAAAGAUUUGGAAGGUGAUAAGUUAUCAAAGGAGGUAGUUCGUUCGCUUCAUGCUCUGUCAGAAGCCUUGGAAUCGAAAGAGUAUGCCAAGGCCUUAAAUGUUCAAACUCAACUGAUGACUACAGAUUAUGAAAAGCAUGGUAAUUGGAUUACAGGAUUAAAGAGACUUAUAGACCUUGUAGAAAAGGCUUCUACACAAUAAAUUAAUAAAUCAUGAAAGCAUCAGCAUACAUUUUACUU